AACGGUCAUCUCGAAGGAGCUAGACGGCCCCAGGGGAUGGAGGCAGGGACUCGCGGAGCCGGGUGCGCGUGGGCAGGGCUGGGGGAAGCGGUAAAUGUGAUCAGUUGUUACGGGCGUGCCGCGAGCGUGUUAUAAACAUGCGGUUCUUGUGUAAGGGCGCGAGGGCAUCGCUGGGAGCUGGCUGGCCCCCAAGUGAACGGUCGUCCCCGGAGCAACUGUGCCUGGCCCAGCUGCGGCAGUCGCGUGUUCGCCGCGGUCCUUCGGCGUCGGGUUGCGUGCACAAGCACGCGCGCGAGUGAGUGAGGGCGCCUCGCCGGGAUGGACGGCCAGCGCCCGGAUCCGCGUCGUGUAGCUGUCGCUCCCGCUUCCCAAGUCCUGCAAGAGGCUGCCGUUCCUACCCGCCCCAGGCCGCAGACGCCCCGCCCAGGCCGGCGGGAAGCCCGGGCAGCCGGGGCGCUGGCGGCGGAGCGGAAAGGCAGGGCAGGGCCGGCAGGGCGCCUCCUCCCGGGCCGCUGCGGGGCGCAGCCUCCCCAUUUCCUGUCCGGCCCCGCUCCUCCCCCAGCUUCCUCUGGGGCCAGGCCCGGGGGCUGGGCGUCAAGGACACCCCCUCCUCACUGCAGUCCCGCCACCCUUUCCAGCGCCGCCCCCACGGGAACGCAGCGAGGGGACAUCAGGCCCCCUCCCACCCCACCGAUCCCCACAGCCCCGUGGCCGCCCGGGUCCCGGGUCCCCAGCACAGGUCCCGGCCCGUCUGAGUCUGCGUGGGCCUUCUGCACCUCGAAAGCCGCGACUGAACGCCUGCAAAACCAGAAUUCCUCUUCUGCACAGCAGGUCAUAGAAAUUGGAGCCCUGGACCCCGAAAACAAGCUGUCGCACCUCAAAAGAUGGGUUGGUGUUUGGGUCAGUGGUGAGUGUAGGCCUUGAAUGCAUGAGGCCCUGGUUGCAUCCCCAGCACCACACAACAAAACUUGAAAGGCCCGCUGUUCCUACUGUCUCCCGGGAAGAUCUCUCCAGGCACAGGGUUCCAGCCCGGAAGAGGUGGUGCACACUGUGGAGACUGAGACAGGAGGAUCGCAAAUUCAAGCCCAGCAUGAGCACCUCAGGCUGGACCUGUCUGUGCCCAGCCCUUCCCCCUGCAGGAGUGACAGGAGGUGGCUGGGGUCGCCAGGGCUGGCAGGCCCAGCUGGGACUGACCUGUCUCCUGGGCUCCAAAGCCGCCUCCCUUCUGCCUCCCGGUUGCUGCUUCCAUGCGGACCGGGGCUAGCUUUGUCACGGUUGAUUGUCACUUGCCCCAGCCACCAUCCAGAUCCAACCCCAGGACAGCACAGUGGGGCCUGGCGGGUGCAUUUGUCUCUCUCCAAGGAGGGGAGCCAGGCACCACCCCCUCCUUGCUGAAGUGGGGCCGGGCCGGGUGGGGAACAGGCCGGUGGCCAUGCUGCCCCUGCCCAGCUGUGUGUGGGAGCCAGCCGCAACUCCCAGACCCAUUUCCUCACAGAGGCUGUAAUUAUGGGUAAUUUUCUAAAUGCAACACAAAAAUUAAACCCCAAACACCGGGAGAGGCUCCUACAGCAGCUGGUGGAAGCAGAGGGGAGGUCGGGGCUCGGGUCGGGGGCACCGGCCUGGGCUUCGGACAGCACCAAGGGUCCUCCCCAGGCCCUGGGUUCCGAAACGGGGACUGUGCCCAAGGUCCAGCGCCUGGAGCAGAGCCUGAGUCAGAACCCCAGCCGUGCCCUGUAGCCUUGAUCAGCUGCAAGUAAGGCUGGUGACCUUUCUUGGGCCUCCCCAAACCUGCAAGGGGACGUUCUUUCGAGAGAAGGAGGCUGGCCCAGGAGUCUCUGCCAAAACCCGCCAUAUCCAUCCUUGCUACACUUCCGCUGAGCCGUGGGCGCUGCUACCUCCCUAGAGCCUUCCGUGGCUCCCGUGGCCCAUGACUCAAGUCCUGCACUCUGCCCUGUGCCUGCGACCCCACUAGAGGACCAGGCACUGGCAACCGUGAGUCCCCCUUCCGGUCACCCAGGACCCCUCCCACAGCCCCACAGAGAGGCAGCGUCUGGGGGAGGGCACCCGUUCUGUCCCCCUGAGGUUCCUCCACCAGGUCACCGCUACCUCGCCUGGUGGCUAUUGUCCCCUGUGGAGGUCCUCCCCAGGCAAGGAAUGCUUCCUGGGGUGACCUCCCUGACAGCGCCCUCAUUCUGAAAGUCGAACUUGCCAUCCUUCUGCCUCAGCCUCCUUAGCCUAGAAGAGAGGCGCUCAUAGGGCCGCCUGGCUGUGACAUGUCAUUCUUUAACUUCGUGUGUCUGUUGUCUGCACCCUAGGAACCUCCUACUUUCUCCGAGGGCAGGCAUUUGAGUGUGUUACUUAGUUCCGCGUCCCUCCCGCCUAAGGGACGUGCGAGCACACAGUAGGCACUCAAUAAACUCCCCCCAGGGCUGAGGUGGGGCGUGUCCAGGAGAGGGCGGGCGAGGAGACGCGCGUUUCUGCCCCAACAAGGCCACCUGGACUGCAGUUCCGAGAGUGGCCACACAGUGGCGCCAGAGAGCGCUAGUUCCUGAGGAUCCCAGCCCCGUUCUUCCUUUGGAGUCCCGGUGGCCCCCCACCCUGACACCCCGAGUUCUCCGAGUGGAAGCUGCGACAGUUCCUCCCCAGUCGGCAAAGAGCCAGCGCAGAGCCCCAGGGCCCAGAAACCACUGCAGCUUGCCGAGCCUGGCGGGCGUCCAGGCUGCCUGCACAGGGGCCAUGCUGGCCUGGCCAAUGCUGCUGCUGCUGCUGGUGCUACUGCUGCAGGGGCUGCGGAGCCAGGAGCCGUCCUGCGCCGUCUUCCUGGGAGACCUGGACUGGAGCCACGAGUUCAAUGCCAGCUGCCUGAACUUCAGCGGCCGUGCGCUGCGCCUGCCCCUGGACCGGCCGCUGCGGGCCUCGAACCUGCGGCUUCUCGACCUGUCGGGCACUGGGCUGCGGGAGCUGCCCCUGCCCUUCCUGGCACCCCUGCGGCAGCUGCAGGUCCUCUGCAUCCUGCACAACCGGCUGGACCGCGUGGAUGCGGCGUUGGCUGCUCACUGCGACCUGGACCUCAGGGCCGACUGCGGCUGUGCCCUGGGUCCCUGGCACCAGGCCCGGCACGACAACUGCUCGGGCCAGAAGCCCCUGCACUGCCUGCACCCAGCCACAGGCGCCUGGCGGAACCUCUCCGCCUUCCUGGAGCUCAGCUGCGCCCCUGGCCUGGCCCCGGGCAGCGUCGCAGGAGUGGUGGCAGGCAGUGUCCUCCUCCUCACGCUUGUGGCUGCGGGCGCCAUGCUGGCCUGGAGGCGCUCCAGGCUCCGCUCGGCCAGCAACCAGGGCCCAGGCAAGGCCUGGGCACCUCCGGAGGGGGCCAGGCCCGGCUCGGGUGUCCAGCCUCGGUACACCAGCCGCAUCCCAGGGCUCAAGGCCCCGGGCCUCACGCUGCCCGGCACCGCUGCGCCUGACUACGAGAACAUAUUCGUGGGACAGCCGGAGUGGCUAAGUAACGGGGCUCACCCUUCUGAGGACGGCGAUUUCUAUAUGAACUACAGGGGCCCCAGCCUGGAUGUGCAGCCCGUCUACGGCAACCUGCAGGGCCCUGAGCAGGAAGACGAGUACGAGAUCUCCCAACACUGAGCCCGCCAAGCCCUGCUGGGUGACUCCCAAACUUCCGCCUUCCCUGGCCCCGGUUUCUCCUUCUGAGUACAAGACAGAGCCAGUCCAGCCUGGCCCUCCAGGGGCUCUGUUGUCACCUUCUCAGCCGAUACAUGGGGAGAGGGGACCACAAGGGGCCGGCAGGGCAAUGUGUGCCCCUGUGGCCCUCCCAUGGUAUUAGGUGGGGCCUGAUAAAUGCCUGGCCGGGUGAGACCCCACAUCCCUCCCGCUCC